GCGCCGUCUGCACAGCUCUUCACCCACGCACGCCCAGCAUGUCCUCCUUUUUCACGGUCCCGGCCUCGCAGAAGAAGCGCAAGCGAGCCGAUGCUGCCUCUGCAGCCUCGAAACGACGAAAUGUAGCUCCGACGACUACACAGCUUACCAAACGACCUCGCCAAAGAGAACGGGAGGAGUCGAUAUCGGGAAGCGAAAGCUCGGAUGGCGAGCCUGCGCAUGCAAUUGAAGAGGAGGAAGAGUCGGGCUCCUCCGGGGACGAAAACGAGACAGCGGCAGAUAGGAGACGCCGCCUGGCCGAACGAUAUUUGGAGAACAUUAAAUCCGAGGUGCAAGACGAUGUGGGCUUCGAUGCCGCGGAGAUCGAUCGGGAUCUUAUUGCAGAAAGACUCAAGGAAGAUGUUGCGGAAACGAAAGGCAAGGUGUAUAGGCGCAUUGCGGAGAACUUGGAUCUUGCAGGGGCAUCGCAUACUUUUGGAAGAUCUGGUCCUCACCGAGCAACGCCGACUGGCUGUGCUGUGCAUCUACCGUACGCCUGGAUUAUUAGCAAGGAGAUGUUCGUCGAAAAGUGGGAACUAGCAGAUCCCAACACCUGGAGGAAUCCGGACCCCAAUAGGCCAACGAACAUAACCCCUCGCACGAAACCGAGAAGGCUGUUCUGGAGAAGAGGAAACUCGAAAAGAGCUCAUGACCGCGAUUACCUGGGGCAUACAGGUGCAAUUCUCUCGAUAGCUGUAUCGGACUCUGGAAAAUUCCUCGCCACCGGCGACGAGACGGGUCGAUUGGUUAUCUGGGAUGCAGACACCCUGACUCCCAAGAAACUAUUUACACAACAUCGAGACGCCAUAACGUCGCUUUCCUUCCGCCGCGGCACGGAGCAACUGUUUUCUGCGUCGGCAGACCGCACAAUCAAGAUAUGGAGCGCUUCAGAACUCGCGUACAUUGAAACCUUGUUUGGGCACCAGGACACAAUUCUAGGCGUUGCAGGUGGCUUGGAGAUAAAUCAGGAAACUUGUGUUAGUGUCGGAGCCCGGGAUCGAACAGCACGACUGUGGAAAGUGGUGGAGGAGAGCCAACUCGUCUUCCGAGGAGGUGGAACCGCGAGGCAGAAGGGCAUGGAGAAGCUGAAAAAGGGUCGCUUUGGCGGCUCUACAGCGGAGGAGGAGAAAGUAACCACCGAUCACACCAACGGUAUGGCUCCGGAUGACGAGGAUCCCCCCAUUGCAUAUGCAGAAGGAUCCAUCGAUUGCGUGGCGUUUCUCGAUGCCAGUCUAUUUGUGACGGGCUCCGACAACGGCGCGCUGUGUUUAUGGUCUGUCCACAAGAAGAAGCCUCUCUUCACGGUUCCAUUGGCCCAUGGACGCGAUCCCCCUAUCCCCCCAGAGGAGAUGUCGACAGAUGGCAACGUCACAGCACCCCGUUUACCCAGAUACAUCACUGCGGUAGCGACUGUGCCGUAUGCCGAUUUGAUCCUCACAGGAAGUUGGGAUGGCGUUAUCCGAGCGUGGCGACUUGGCCCAGAGAAGCGCAGUAUCGAACCUUUGGGCGAUGUCGGACGUCUUGCUGCUGAGGAACACGCUGGGAUGGUCAACGGUGACAGCACUGCCAAAGUGUCUGACCGGAGGGCAGGCCCUGUACCGGGUAUUGUGAAUGGAUUGACGGUUUGUGAAAGGGGGAACAGGGGCAAAGACGGGGUUUGUAUUGUGGCCGCCGUUGCGGAAGUACCCAGGCUAGGGCGUUGGAUGAGAAAGGACGUUCACAAUGGGAUUGCGGUACUCGAGGUGCCAAGAAAAAUCACACAUGGAGUUGACGAGAGCGAGGAUGAGGAGGAUGCAUCAUAGAUAUACCCCUUCGGUAGCAGUAUCCCAU